AUGCCCCCAGAUUCCACUUCCGCUGCCAAGGAACCGGUAUCAUUCAUUGAUACCGCUAGUAUGAGUGGCCACAUCACCAACAUUCUGCAGUUGCAGACUGCUUAUAACGCCGCCAAGACCGCGGUUACCCACAAUGUGAAUAUUGUGAAUGGGUUGGCUGUUGAGUGGGCUGGUUUCGCAAGAGCCAACUCGGUCAGUCUAGGUUAA